AAUGAACCAGUUCAGAAAUACAUUCAGGCAGCGAUCACUCGGGACAGAGCGGCACGGAGCCUGCGGCCUGCGUUAGGAAGCAUUCCGCGACUCAUUCAGGAGCUCCGCUCCGCCCGGGAAGCACAGAGGAAGGAAAGCCGUUACCGAGUGGUAGCCAGCCACCGGCCCAGCUGUACGGAAGCGCUCGCGCCUCUCACAAAUGGUGAGGCAUCAUCGGCUGCUGGGGACAGAUCAGCCUCUGAAGCAACACCUGAUGCUUCCCAAAAGGAGAGCGGUGCUGUUGAUAAGAGUUCGGACUGCUGUGACAAAUUCCAGUUGUUUGAUAUUGAGCAGGAAGAGGAGGUGGUGGGAGACUCUGGUGUAGCUGCUGCAAACCCAAAGAAGACUGAUCCAGAUGUGAUUCUUUGCAAUGCAGUGGAGAUGAUCCGUGAGCGUUUAAAUGUUUCUGAAGAUGGUAAAAAAGAAUACUGUGGGAAAGAAGAUGAGUAUGUUUAUGACAUCUACUGUAUGGAAACAUCAGCCCCUGGUUGGAUUCAAAAUAUCCUUUCUAUACAGCCCUAUAGAGAAGAGUAUGAAUUGGUAAGGGAUGAUCAUGUUCCAGGGGAAAUAUAUGAAGAUGAAGAUGAUGAAAAUGAUGAAAAUAACUGGCGUAAUGAUUAUCCUGAUGAAGAUGAAUUCUUACCUGAGGAAGAUGGUGAUGGAGAAAAGGAGUCUGAAGAUAGCCUCAGUGAUGAGGACCACUGUUACAGGAGAAGAACAUGGAACAAAUACCGGCAGGAGGUGAUACAGGAGUUUGGAUAUGAUGAGAUCCAGGAUUUGGAUUCUGACUAACAGCCUGGUUUUUGAAGAUGAAAUGAAUACUGAAGAUGAAAUCUGCUGUUACAGUAGAA